CACUCACACACACACACUCACUCACACACACACACACACACACAGAGUGACUGCCUAUGCCAGAGUCUGCCUGCGCUCUUAGCUCAAGCCCUCUUAAAGCUGUUUUUCUGCUGGGGAUCAGCGAGAGCUAACGACACACAGCUGCCUCUGCUGAAGUCAGAAGGACAGGAGGAGAACAGAGGGGGGGGAAACGAGGAACAGGAGGGAGGAGAGGACAAGCACAGGGGAAAACAAAACCACCAGCAGACGCUAACUUCUGUCUCUGUGUCUCUCCUGCGGUCCAUUGCAGUCAUUCUUUAGCAGGGAGUGUUUUCUGCAGUAGUUCAGGACUUUUUUGCUUUUCUGUGAGAGGUGGGCAGAAAAGAAAAGGAAGAAGAAGAAGGGGCUGGAGUUCACAUGACAUAAUCAGAGUGAAUGGGUUGCCAUGGUGACUCACCCAGGGAGCCUGACCCGUGCAGAGUGAAUGGAGGGAGCGCCGUGGACGCCAAGUGAACGAUAAACUAACGAAGGGGAGUCACCAGAGAGAGAGAAGGAGAAGGAGUGAGUGCUGGAUAACAGGGAGCAGAGAGGAGCAGAGCAGAGGUCGAGAAUGGAGGACGGGUUUUCCAGCUACAGCAGCUUGUAUGACACCUCAUCACUGCUACAGUUCUGCAAUGAUGACAGUGCAUCAGCAGCCAGCAGUAUGGAGGUGACUGACCGCAUCGCCUCCCUGGAGCAGAGGGUCCAGAUGCAGGAGGACGAGAUUCAGCUACUAAAGUCUGCUCUGGCCGACGUGGUGCGUCGGCUCAACGUGUCUGAGGAGCAGCAGGCCAUGGGGUCACGCAGAGGACCCACCAAAGCCAGGCCAAUGAUUGCCACUUUGCCGCUAAGGCCCACAAUGAACAACGGGACCGUCCUACCAAAGAAAGGCAGCGGGACUCUGCCCUCCCCAUCUGGAUCUGGAUCCAGGAAGGACGCCAGCAUGCCAGCCAGCAAGAGCACUGUGAGGAGAGCCAACUCAAACGAACAUGUGGGAACCCUCACGCGGAAAGAUUCGGGCGACUCCAAGGGCAACCGAACUCGUGCCGGAUCCACCGGCAGCAACUCCAGUGGCAAACGAAGUGACAGCAAACAGAGGGAUCCAGUGUUCAAUACAGGGAUGCGACGUGUGACCCACUGCAAAGAGGAAGGUUAUGUGAAAAUGUAUUUGAAGGGUCGUCCCAUCACCAUGUUCAUGCCCAAAGAGCAGGUGGACAGCUACUGCCUGGAGGCCAGAGCCGACCUGCCCAGCAGCAAACUCAAACUGGACUGGGUUUAUGGUUACCGCGGUCGAGACUGUCGCUCCAACCUUUACUUGUUGCCCACUGGAGAAACUGUGUAUUUCAUCGCCUCGGUGGUCGUCCUGUUCAAUGUGGAUGAGCAGCUGCAGAGACAUUACACUGGACACACAGAUGACAUCAAAUGCCUGGCCGUCCACCCCGAUAAAAUCACCAUAGCAACCGGGCAGGUGGCGGGCACCUCCUCAGAUGGGAAACAGCUGGCUCCUCAUGUCCGUGUGUGGGACUCUGUCAGCCUCAACACUCUCCAUGUUCUGGGCACAGGCUUCUUUGACCGAGCCUUGGUCUGCCUGGCCUUCUCCAAGUCGAAUGGAGGAAACACACUGUGUGCCAUAGAUGACUCCAAUGACCACGUCCUCUCCGUCUGGGACUGGCAGAGAGAGGACAGACUGGCUGAGGUCAAGUGCUCCAACGAGUCUGUGUUUGCCGCAGACUUCCACCCGACAGACUGCAACAUCAUAGUGACCUGCGGCAAGUCCCAUCUCUAUUUCUGGAACCUGGAGAAGGGCGUGCUCGUCAAGAAGCAAGGACUGUUUGAGAAACAAGAGAAGCCCAAAUUUGUGUUGUGUGUGACCUUUGCGGAAAAUGGAGACGCCAUCACAGGAGACUCAAGUGGGAACAUCCUGGUGUGGGGCAAAGGCACUAAUCGCAUCAGCUACGUCAUCCAAGGAGCUCACGAAGGCAGCAUCUUUGCUCUGUGCAUGCUGAGGAACGGCACGCUGGUGUCUGGAGGAAAAGACCGCAGGCUCGUCUCCUGGGACAGCAGCUACCAGCAGAUACAGACGGUAGAGGUGCCUGAGUUGUUCGGUCCCAUCAGGACCAUAGCAGAGGGCAGAGGGGAGACUGUGCUCAUCGGGACCACUAAGAACUUUGUUCUGCAAGGCAGUCUGGAUGGUGAAUUCAUUCCUAUUACACAGGGUCACACUGAUGAGCUUUGGGGUCUGGCCGUCCACCCCUGGAAGCCUCAGUUCCUCACCUGUGGCUACGACAGGCAGGUCUGUCUGUGGGACUCGAGUUCCCAUCAGCUCAUCUGGGCCAAGAGUAUGGAGGAUGCUGCCCAAUCAGCAGGCUUCCAUCCCUCUGGAGCUGUGGUUGCCAUAGGAACCCAAACUGGCAGGUGGCUGGUGCUGGACACUGACUCUAAGGAUCUUGUCACAGUGCACACAGAUGGGAAUGAACAGCUGUCGGUUAUGAGCUUUGGGACAGAUGGUAACUUCCUGGCCAUCGGUUCCCACGACAACUACAUCUAUAUCUACGCUGUGGCAGAAAAUGGGAGGAAGUACAGCCGAGUCGGAAAGUGCUCGGGUCACUCUAGUUUUAUCACCCACCUGGACUGGUCAGUGGACUCCCAGUACCUGGUAUCAAAUUCAGGGGACUAUGAGAUACUGUAUUGGAUCCCAUCAGUGUGUAAACAGGUGGUGAGUGUAGAGACCACCAGAGAUAUUGAGUGGGCCACCUACACCUGCACUCUGGGCUUCCAGGUCUUUGGCUUGUGGCCCGACGGCUCAGACGGCACUGACAUCAACGCCGUCUGUAGGAACAAUGAUAAGAGCCUCCUGGUUACUGGAGAUGACUUUGGGAAGGUCCAUCUGUUCUCAUAUCCCUGUUCACAGUUCAGGGCUCCAAGCCAUGUUUACGGCGGCCACAGCAGUCAUGUGACCAACGUAAGCUUCCUGUACGACGACAGCCACCUGGUGUCGACAGGAGGGAAGGACAUGAGCGUGAUGCAGUGGAGGACAGUCUGAUGGAGCGAGACAGAGACUGAAGCUGAAGCAAACUGAACUGAACUGCACUAAACUGAACCGAACCAAACCAAACCAAACUUAAAUUAACUCGGACACUAAAAAAAAGUGGAUAUGCCUGAACUGAAGUGAAUUGACAGAAGAGGAACUUGAGGUUUCUAUUCCUGAUCUGCUCUCUGAUCCCAAAUGAAAUGAACUGUCGGGUGGUGUGAUGUGCGGUUGCUUGAAACACAAAACCUUAAAUAUUUCUCCUUUUCUUUAUUCACACUACAUGUAAAGAAAAAUCUCUCUCUCGCACUGUAGCCUACACACCAAUGAAUUGAGACUAAACAAAUCAGACGGAUCAAAUCCAAGUAAACAGAACCAAAGGCUCAGACUUUCUGACUGCAUUUGUCCAGUUUUGCUUUCACUGUUCUGACAUUUUGCAAACUCCAGCCACAGAUAAAAGACUGAAGAGGUUUCAGACUGAAUAUCAUCACGCUGGAGAUCCAAGAGCGUUGGAACAAAAACUGUGUACCGAAAGAAAGGACGUAGUGAUUUUCUAAUUGUUAAAUCUUCUUUUUGUUUUGUAUUUAACAACUCAGGAAAGCAGCAGUAAAGCAGGACUCCUCUCUGUUAUUAACAUAUCAGAAUGAGCCCUAAACACAUCUAAACAUACAGAGGAGUAUGAACAACAGUUAAUGUCAAAAACAGCUGUUGUCCAACCGUUACCGAUUUAUUUGCAUUGACUAAGUGUGAAAACGACUAUACAGCUAGGCAAAGGCAGAAUUUCAUGGACAUAAUCGUUAAAUACAGGAUGAAAGAUACUGAGGGUGAACGGACAUCUGGAUAAAUAAUCCAAGGGUCAGAGUUAGGACUAUCUGAUCAUUAUUUUUUUUAUGUUUUAUGUGCUUCCAGGUCUUAAAAAAUGCUCCUUUUCUAUUAUUUAUUGAUCAUGAGUCAAAUCCUUCACUGCCAAUUUCAGUUUCCUUAAGUUUUUCCUUACAAUAAAUCCUUGUUUUGUCCCAAAUGUGUAAAUAUACAGAGAGGCUUGAAACACACAUGAGCAAAAAAAAGUGGGUGUACAUACAGCAUGUGAAAGUGCUUCAGAGGUUUGGGAUGAGUUAUUGUAUCUUUUCUUCACCUUGAGGCACAAGAAAAAUGAAAGUUAAGCAUGUACUGUUUUUUUUAUUUAAUGAUGUGAAGCCUUUUCAAUUCUGUAUCUGGAUUUUAUUGCACCCAGAUCAGUUUAGGAAGAGGGAGCUUGAGACCAUUACACUGUAACUGUUUACGCCUGAUGUGCGCCAUCAGUCAUUGGCAAAAUAUUUAAUUAACCUAAACCUUCUUGAAGUGUUUUUCUUUUUGUUUGUUUUUUUUUUACUAUAAAGUACUCCUCCAGCCUGGUAAACACAUAAACACACAACAGGCGUUGUUUGCCUGCACAGUAGAACAAGCAAAUCACCAUUCAGCACUUACUGUAGCUUUUCAUGAUGUCUGCUUUCAAAGCUGUGUGCUGUACUGUGCGCAGCGUGUCACACUCCCUUAUCUCAUGGGCAACAGCAAACCAAUACACAUGCAUGGAUAAACAAGAUUUCUUUUACAGGGGUUCAGCAGACUUCAGUGUGACCGGAACUGCCACUAAUGCAAGGCAUCUUUCGAUUUCGAUUGUGUUUUCAGGAAAAGCAACACUGAAAUGUUCUAACAGCAAUGAUAAAAGUCACCUCUCUGCAGGGUGAAUGUAACAUUACUUGUCUUACCACUAAACACUUCUGGCUGCAGGAUACCAUUGAACAUUUAACAUUUGUCUGAAAGUAAAUGCAACAUGAAAUUCCUACGUGGCUGUGUCGUAUAUUUUCCAUGUUUAUUUGUCUCUAAAUGUUUCUUUAUUUUACAUGUUUAUUUUAAAUAUCAAAAAAUACUUAAGAAAUGUUAGUGUAUAACCACAUAGUAGUAAAAAUAAGGUUUAUGGGCGUUUUAAAGAUACUGCAGCGGAAUACCUCACUGAAAGCUUCUGUAAACCACCAUCACAUGAUACUUUUAUGCAUGCUGGUAAUCUCUGGGUGGGAUAAGAGGGGGGCGGGCGACACUGGGCUGCAUGUGUGCGUCUUCCCCGCAGGUGGGCAGCAUUGAGCUGGUCUCUUCGCCCCCUCCUCCUCCCUUCUUCCUUCGCACGCACUAUUAGCAUUUUCCCCCCAAAUCUCGCCACCUCACCAAAACACUCCGAAUGGGAAGAAAAUAUGGCAUGAGGGAGGCGGCGGCUGACGACCACCGUUCACCGUCUUCUACCGAGCACGAACACCGGCUGAACAUGGACUUAAGGAUACGAGGCAGCGCGUUUGGACAGCAAAGACAACGGAGCACAAAGCGGACGGGAGACAACGCUCGUGUUGUGGCUUAGCGUUUCUGCAACACGACUCAUCAUCAGCCUGUGAUAUCUCUACAGACGCGCACACAAGUUUCACGCGGUGGAUGCUGAUUCAGACUCCCCAGACUGUAUACUCC